AUGGUCGACUUUCGGCUCUUCCACCACUUCAUUCAGGAAGCAUACCCGCAUCAUCCCAUUGGGAACGACUCCGUAUGGACGCAUGAGAUACCAAGUAUCGCAUCGAACCAUGAUUAUCUUCUUCGUUCCAUGCUAGCAUUAUCGGCUUCUGACCUUGUUUCUGACUCUACAGCUUCGACUUUAUCCCGUAAUCUCACCUGCACCGCUAUCAAUCAUCGCAUAAAAGCCAUAGCAAGUCUCAACACGGCGAUUUCCUCGGGAGUCAAUUCAUUCGAGGAAGGAAACGCAAUGCUGGCUACUUGCUUCAUCUUACUGUUCCAAUCCACGCUUAUCUCGGACGGUCUUGUUGAGUAUAUGACCUUCAUCCGAGGUACUAUUGCAAUAGCGACGUACAUGGGAAGUCAGCAGAUUGCAUUUAUCUUUCGUGAAUUAUGGGGAAACCAAGAGGUGAACUCCAUGGAUUCGGCGUUGAAGCAGACUCCUUUGAUUCAUGGCGAGUUCGCAAAGUCUGCUUGUCGAUCGAUCGAAAACUUGUUCCCGCUGUGUAAAUCUCAAGGGCAAUUAGACAUGUACGGAGCACUAUUGAUCACAGCUAGAUCACUCGUAACCAGUUCUAGAGAUGCGUAUUUCUCAUUACGAUCCAUUUACAAUGUUUUCUCCAUUAAGAUGUCGCACGAAGACCUUCGAGACUUGACGAGGAUAUCCAACGAUACUGUAAACGCUAUUCUUGCUCAUUUGGUUGCUUUGCAGCUGAUUAUGACGCCUAUCACUAGAGUGGAGAGGCUACAGAGAGAUACACGUCAUGUUGUUCGAGAUAAAUUCAAUGAUGGAAAAAUAGUCAAAUGGUUGAGGCAUCUACACGCAAAUGUGCCGGACCAUAUGAGCAAAUACUAUGGGUGGACUAGAUACGUGGAAGAUGAGAUAAUUAAUGGAAAACACUUUGGUGAUAAAUGGGAGUAG